UAAGACCUAGCGGGAGGCAGCUCCUGCGGCUCCUGCAGCGGGUCUGAGCUGGGCUCGAGGUUCCGAGUGGCAGCAUGGCUGUCCCGGUCCUCCUGCUCCUUCUUGUGCGUUCCGGGAUCCUGGCUGAGAUGAGCACCACGGAACCAGAGCCGUCCUCCGUGCCAUUGCCAACCAAUGUUCGAAUUCAGUCCUAUAACAUGAACCCAGUCCUGUACUGGGACUACCAGAACAUGCCCCAGAAUGUUGUUUUUGCUGUGGAGGUAUUGCGCUACGGGAAAACAUGGACUAUUGCCUGUAACAAUACACAUGAUCAUCAUUGCGGCAUUUCUGAUGUUGAGGAACCAAAUCUUCCUAUCUGGGCCAAAGUGAAAGCUAUAGUUGGACAGAGAGAAUCUGCCUAUGUAACAACCAAAUCAUGGUUUAUCGUAUGUGAACAUGGGACGGUUGGGCCACCUGAAGUGACUGCUGCCCCCGAAGAGGACCAUAUCAUUAUUGAAGUGACUCACCCUUUAAUUCAGCCAAAUGAAAACGAGUCAGAAACUGCAGAUGAUUUUGAAAACCCUUGUUAUGACUUUGACUACAAAGUAUACGUAAGAGUGAAUGGAAGUGAGGCCAUAAAAUACAACCUCAUGGGAGAUGAGUGCUCCGACGUUGCCUGCAGGUUAAGAGUUCCAGUUCCCUUGCUGAAUUCUGAGUACUGUAUUUCAGCUGAAGGAAUCUCUGAACGGUGGGAUCUUAAAACUGAAAAGUCAAAAGAAAGUUGUAUUACCAUUUACAGUCGCAGCUUAAGCGAUCCUUUUUCUGGAAAACUGGAAAUCAAGGCUGAAGUGUCAGACCUAGCUUUUAAUGACAAUUCUGUUUGGAUUGCAGUUGGUGCUACCACCCUACUCUUUCUAAUAGUUAUCCUCGUACUUGUGUAUUAUUUUAAGAAGAACCCCUGUAAGAAAAACAACAUAACGUUACCUAAAUCUUUGCUCUCGGUGGUAAGAAGUGCCACUUCAGACACAAAACCUGAGUCGAAAUACCUGUCCUUGAACUCCUCGUACCAGCCAAUUACCGAAAACGCGGUGGUGGUCAGCGCAGAGGAGGUAUCCCCCGUGACAGGGUCAGGCCCGUGCUACCCCGGAGACGAGGCGCAGAGGGAGGACCCUCCCACCAUGCCCACCACGCACAUGGCUGACCCUCUCCCCAGUGGCUCGGACCUGGCUUCCAGCAGCCUGCCAGCUGUGUCGGGGAGUUCUUUGCACUCAGGUAGUAGCCAGUCGGAACCCUGCGCUGUAUUCUUAAACUCCUACCACUCCCGGAAUGGUUCUAAUAGCAGCCUCGUGGGUAUACCUGAGUCAGAAACCCCCGCAAGUGAUAAAAAUGAAGCAAAGACAGAAGGACAAGAGCCCAAGGUGCUGAGAAGCGCCCCCACCUCUUUCGGCUACGAUAAGCCACACGUGCUUGUGGAGCUGCUUGUCGGGGACGAGGGUGCCAAAGAGUCUUUGGUUGGUUAUAGACUUACAACAGAUUCCAAGGAAUUCCCCUAAGGUGACAGGUGACAGUGACUUCCCUGCUUUGAUUUUAUGAAGAGAUCGAGAACUCUAAAAUGGAGUCUUGGUUGCCAUCAACCAACUGGAGUCGCUUGGUAUAGGCGUGGAAAGAAGCUGUUGAUCCUGUCACGUUCAGCCUGAGAACUACAGAUUCUUUUCUUGAGAACAAACCUUGAGCCACUGUGGCUUCCAUGCCUAGCCACCAGGUAGGUGGGUGAGUGGUUGCCGUGAGCUCCUUCCGGUUAGCACUGCUUCUGCCCUUCUCAUUCUGGCGAGAGGUGCAAGGGGACUUCGGCCUUUCUACUCCUCAAUAUGCUGUCUUUCAGUGGUUUUAUUUUGUAACAUGGUCUAGCUGUUUUGCCCAGCAAGAGGACCUUGAGCUCCGAUUCUUCUUGCCUGGGGCUCCUCGGUGGCUGGGAUUACUGCACCUGUGGUUUAUGAUGCUUUUGGUAUCUUGUUUGAAAGAAACUCCAAAAAGUAUUCAAAAUCGAAUUUAAAACCGAAGUGUAUACUAAUAGCACUAAUGGAAUGUAUAAAUGGAAGCGUGUAGGUUUUUUUAUGUACUCUUUGGUUAUUUUGCAAUAAAAUACUUUCAAACCUUA